CAUGCUUGCGCUUUAUUGUGUUUACCGGCAGAAAAAUUGUUUUAUAUUGGAAUACGGACUUCGGUUUCAAGUAGGCAAGCCAAAGUAAUAAAUACUCACAAUGUCUGAAGAAACUUCCAACGUACAAAGCUUCAAAAUCUGUGGACUGUGUACUGAGAACCCAAGUAAAUACUGCUGUCCCCGCUGCGAAGUAUUAUACUGCUCCUUAGAUUGCUACAGAUCUGAAAAACACCAAGAAUGCUCCGAAAACUUCUACCGCAGUUGCGUGACAGAAGAACUCGCUUCAAAUCAUGUUGACGAUGAAUCUAAGCGCAAAAUGAUUGAUAUACUAAAGCGGAUGCAUGAGCAAGAUAUAGACACUGAUGAUAUUGAGGAGAUGCUAGAAAAUAUGGACUCGGAUGAUGAAGAGGGUGAGGAUCUUCAUGAAAGGAUUAAAGGACUAAAUUUAAAUGAUGCUGAUCAGUUAUGGGGAGCGUUGACAGAAGAUGAGCGGAAUGAAUUUGAGGCUCUUUUAAAUAAAGGUGAUGUUGGGGAUAUAAUGCCGCAGUGGGAGCCGUGGUGGAUGUUUAGAAAGAAAGAGAAAAAGGUGGAGGAAAUAAAUGAAGAAGAAAAUGAAGCACUGAAAAAGUGUCCAGAGCUAAAGAAGGUUCCGGCUUUAGAUUCAUUGACUACUGUGCAACCCUCCCCAGCCAUAAAGUUCAACAUAACAAAUGUCAUAGCAUCCUACGCAUUUACGAUGAGAUACUUCAACGGAGACAUAGAACCCCUAGAAUGGGCAACAUAUGUCCUCAAUGUGUGUGCCAAUUUGGACUCCAAUGCCAACUUUGAUGAUCCUGCUUUGGCUGUUGAGUCAGUUGUCCAGAAAUGUUUACAGAGUGAACUUAUUGAAACAGACGCGCCAAGUCUAGAAGUCAUGAAACAUGAUACCUACUUAAUCCUCCAGGGGCCCAGCAAAGACCAAAAACUCCACUACUGCAAAUCAGCUCUCUCAGAUCUCUACAGGGUAUUACAUAGAGCCAAAUCAGUAUCAAAAAUACAACCUACUGAUGAGAAGAAACAGAAUAAUGAUAAAGCGUUUUCUAAGAAGUUUCCGGAACACGGAACUGAACACUUACCUCCCUUGGAUGGGAACAAGUUAAAGAAAUGUAUGAAGAAAGUUGAAUAUUACUUGUCCUUCCUUGAAAGUCAUAGUAUGGACUUCGAAUGAAAACAUACGAAAUGUGUAAAAAGUUAACGUAAUAUUUGUAAGAAUAAUUAAAUAUGAUAAGUUACCAUUA